UCCCACAGUAUAAUAGUAUGCGUACCGGUUUCAUAUUUAUGUGACUGGAUACUACGAAUAUUCUCUGAAGUAACAUAGUAUCUCCCUACCACUUCCUUUCUCCAAAUCUGGCAUUGAAGUUGGAUGAUCGCUUUCUCUUACAAGUUAUUCAGCCCAGCUUAGUCUUGCUGUAAGGUGCGAGCUGCAUGGUAGCCGUAACCAACGACUCCAUUUGUUAAAAUCUCACGUUUCAGUUCUAAUUACAAUUAAUAGCCAAUUUAAUCAGUAAUACUAUAAUAUAACAUUUAACCAGUGGUCUUGAUCUUGACGUUAGCCCUGGAUACUCUAUGUAUCUGGUGCAUAUUAAGAGAUUUAAAAAAAUUCUAGCAAAAAUGUUUGCGAGAGUGUCGUUUUAUCCGUCGCUGAUUUAUAAUAUGGUGAUGGAAAAAAUUACCUCAAGAAGAUGGUACGACAGAAUCGACGAGACUGUUAUAUUAGGUGCCCUACCUUUUCGAGGAAUGACAAAGCAGCUGAUAAACGAAGAAAAUGUCAAGGCAGUUGUUUCAAUGAACGAGGAUUAUGAGUUACAACUUUUCUCCAAUACCGGCGAGGAAUGGAACAAGCAUAAUGUACAAUUUCUACAACUCUCAACAACGGACAUAUUCGAAGCACCCUGCCAAGAGAAACUACAACGUGGCGUCAAUUUCAUAAACCAAUUUCGCGAAACGCAAAGUUGCCAAAUUGGUGGUUCUGGCAUUCUAGGUGGAAUUGAUACUCCAGGAACCGUUUAUGUACAUUGCAAAGCUGGUAGAACUCGUAGUGCUACAUUGGUUGGCUGUUAUUUAAUGAGGAAGCAUGGCUGGACUCCAGAAGAAGCCGUUGCAUUUAUGAAGGAAAAACGUGAGCAUAUAUUACUUCACACUCCACAGUGGUACGCAUUAAGAACGUUUUACGAAACCCACGUGCAUAAUCAAAGAUGAUAUAGUAAUAAUUCAAAAUUGUAAUAGUUUCAAUAUUGAUAAGAAUGAAAAAUUGUAUGUAUCCCGAUAACAAUUGUUUGUUGACCUGAUAAAGUUUGUCAAAACGUUAAGUGCUGUGACAUGUAAAAUGUCGUUGAAAAAAUAUUUUGACAAAAGGACAAA